AUGAGCACCAGCUCAUUCGACAUGGCAAAGCUUUCUCCAAACGAGCGCAGCGACGCUAUGCGGACCCUCACUCGCAUCAUGGAAAUGCUCGCAGACGAACCAACAAACGCCCUCGUCGACGAAUGGUUCCAGCGCGCAGUCACACAAUAUGACGAGCUCAUGGAUGGGCGCUACCUUCAUCUCCAGCGCCGCGAUCAUACAGGGCGUACAUCCAUUGUCCCCAUCGACCUCUCGGGAAUCCAGGCCCCAGUUGCGUCUGCGCGCCCUAUUCACCCCGCUCUUCCCCCUCUCGACCAGGCGGAUGUCGACGACCUCAACACUGUCUUCACGUUCCUGAUAUCACCGUGCCUGCCUCCCCCAUUGCAAGGUGACGAAUCGGGGACCGUCUUUGUGCUGGCCGGCAACGCGAUCCUCCCUCUUGCUUACGAGUUCUUCGAUCACAUCGAGUACCUCCAGGACGACGAGCCCGUGACACUCAUCAUCAGCGGCGGGCGCGGGCACUCGACAGACUAUCUCUACGACGCAGUCGCGCGAGACAAGCAUCUGCGUGAUAUAGGGACGGAAGGAGCGGCAGAGGCGGACGUGCUCCUCGAGGUCGCCCGCAAGGUGUUCGACAUCGACUACGCCAUCGGCAACGGUAGCGUGACGCUCCUCCUUGACCCACUCAGUACCAACUGUGGCUCGAACGCGAUCGAGAGCAAGCGGCUCCUCGACAACGCUGGUAUCUGGCCAAAGAGGAUCUUUGUCGUGCAGGACCCGACGAUGCAUCGCCGCACACUCGCGUCCUUUGAGAAGGUGUACGCCGAGGACCAACGGGCAGGGCGCCAAGGCAUGCCAGAAAUACAGGGCUGGACGUUGCAACCCAAGGUCGUGCUCGGCGAGGAAGGUGCACUGGAGUGGGAGACAGACGAGGCAGACGACGACCAGCUAUGGGAGCCCGCCCGCUUUGUGAGUCUGGUGCUCGGCGAGAUCCCGCGACUUCGCGACGACCAGAACGGCUACGGGCCCAGCGGGAGCGGGUACAUUGCGCAUGUCGACAUUCCGCAAGACGUCGAAGAGGCCUGGGGUCGUCUGCACACGCGGCUGGGAGUGAAGUCUUAG